AUGAGCCUGGAUUUGCCGACACACAGGCCACGCCCCAGUGGAGUCGCAAACACCAACGAUGACGCCCAAGCUAGCAAGCUGUACGUCAAGAUUCCUUGGAGCAUAUGGUGUGGCUGCAGAAGCUGUGUCAGAGACUAUGCAAACCUCCCAUCCCAAUGCAGGUCAUGCGUUCAGCUUGGGUACUUCCAAGACGAGUUUGUGCACCACUUCGUGAAGGCCCCCGUCCGACGCGCGCCCCUGAUCAACAGAGGCUACUAUGCCAGGCAGGCAUCCCUGCGCCAGCUUGUCACAAGGUUCCUCGCCUGCCUGCAUCCGGGGCCUGUGCAGGUUGUGAGCCUGGGGGCCGGCUUCGACACGCUCUACUGGCAACUGGUGCAGGAGGGUGCGCCCAUCUCGCGCUACAUCGAGCUGGACAUGCCGCAGGUCUGCAUGGAGAAGGCGGGCGUCGUGGCGAGGACGCCCGCCCUGCUCCGCCUGGUGGGCGGCAGCCCCGCCGAUGCGCCGGGCCACGACCCGGCGGCGGGGCGGUGGCUGGGCGGGGCAUACCGCCUGGCCCCCGCCGACCUCCGCAGCGUGGGCCAGGUGGUGAGCGCGCUGGGCCUGGCGGGGCUCGACCCCGGCGCGCCCACCCUGGUCCUGGCGGAGUGCGUGCUGGUGUACCUGGAGCGGGAGGAAAGCGACGCCCUGCUCCGCCAGCUCAGCGCCAUGCUCAGCACUGCCGCGAUGCUGGUGUAUGAGCAGGUCCGGCCCGACGAUGCGUUUGGCAAGCAGAUGCUGCUGAACCUGAGCCUGCGGGGGUGCCCGCUGCUGGGCAUCUGCUGGGAUGUGGACGAGCAGGCGGCUCGGCUGAGGCAGGCCGGGCGGGAGCGAGCCGAGGCAGCGCCCAUGGACGCCAUGUACAGGGGCCUGGAGCCGCGGGACCGCCGUCGCAUCGAAACCCUGGAGAUCUUCGAUGAGUUUGAGGAGUGGGACCUCAUCCAGGCCCACUACUGCAUUGCCAUGGGCGUGCAAGACAAGGCGGGGAGGCUGCAAGAGUUUGGCCUGCCUCGACCCGGCAAGACAUGA